GAGUCUCAAAUUUGUACAAACGCUUAUAUCUGUGUGACCAGUUUUAAUAUUUUUAAGCGGAAGUUCAGAUGUUAAGUCACUCUUCAAUAUUUCGAAGCUCUAUGUUCUCCUUUUCCUUGUCGUAUUCUUUUCCCCCGCCCCCUGACACAGUUGGAUCGAACUAUCGCAUGGAGCUAAAACGGGAGAUACGAAGUGGAGAAGAGUUUCUAGACUCAUUAUGCUGCGCUGCAGAAAUGUUUUGUGGCCGAGUAGUGUAAAAAUUAAUGUACAGUCACCCAGAAAGGAGAUGAUCUACAACCGAUUCAGUAUAGAAGCCUCUCUUGUCUUUCUCCGUCUCCUCUUCCCCCCUCUAUAUUCUGCAGAGUAGUAGCGCUCGAGACGGCUUUCUUUGGCGGCUCAUUCGAAGCAGCGGAAGAAGCAGAGUGUAGCUUUCGGUUAGUUUGGUCGGCGGGUUCGAAGACAACCGGCGGGGUCUGGUCCAGGCAAGGAAGAAAGAGAAAAAACUGAAAAAUGAAUAGCAAUGAACUUCAGGCCUGCGAAGAUGAAAUUAAAUCUUUGGAAGAAGAAAUUAAACUGCUAACAGAAGAAUAUGAACAUAGUCAACACCAGUCAAUGGCAUAUACUGAGGCAGAAAUAAUGGAGAUCAUGAAAUUACUUAGAAAAAAGCCUGAAGAAAAACUGAAGCAAUCAAAAUUUCCAGAUCAGGAAACUGAACUCCACUUGUUGGAAGCUGAUCUCUCAUUUAUAAUGAAAUUUACAGGCCUUUCCUUUACAAAUUAUUCACGUAAACCUGUGGAAAAAAAUGGAUCUAAAACUAUUCAAAUUUAUAAGCUAUCAGGAAAGUGUCAAUCAAUCUCAUUUCUGUUGGAAUUUAAACUCACGGAAGAAAAUCAGAUGAACAGAAAUGCUUCAGCUAUAGUAACUGAUCUUAAUAUUAUAACAGAAUGUGACAUGCCCUGUGAUUUAAGCAACCUUGUUUCAAGGGUUGAAGAAAAUGGGAAUCUCUGCCUAUUCUUCAGAAGUCUCACUUGCUUCUCUGAAUGGUGUAAACAUCGGGAACGUACUUUUGCUCAUUUUAAGGUUGGUGUUAGUUCUUCAGGACCAUAUAGAUCGACCUUUUCCAGGAUGAUGUGGACUUUCAAACCUUUCAAGGGUGCUUCUAUGGCUGCUGUAAUCAAGUCCAUUUGCCUUAUUCCUCUUGUCUUUCCUUCCAUCUUUCCCAGAGUUGCAGCUUCUCAAGAGAGUUGGGUCUUUGCAUAAUGUGCCCAAAAUAUGGUAUUAUGAGUAUGGUCAUGUAUACCUUGAGUGAAAACUCUGGAUUGUUCUAUGAUCCAUUUAUUUCUUUUCUUGGUUAUCCACAGUAUACUCAAGAGCGUUCAAUUGUUGCUUGGAAUAUCAGAGUGAUUAAUAUGAGAAUAUCCUAUAGAAUCCCCAUAGAACAGUAUGGUACAGUAGGAAGAGUGGGGAAUCAUGUGAUUUCAGUUGAAUGAAGGCAGGAAGGAAGAUUAAAAUGUAGCCUAGUCCUGUUGAUGGUAGGAAGAAUUCAAACAAACCAAUUCGCUCAGGGGUUUUGGGAAGUAGGACGUAGGAGAAAUGAGGAAACUACCACUUUAUCAUUUUACUGUCUGUGAUAAGUAAAAUAUCUACAAAAGAAUAGUAAACCUUUUUUCUUUAUAAUUAUUUAUUAGGCAUGGAGAAUUCUAGACAACAGGAAGCAUGUGCAGACUAAAAUCAAUCAGAAAUCUCUGUAAAGGUUUCACAUCAUAUAAAUUCACCAUAUAAUUGAAGUCUGAUAUCUUAAAUUGCUAAAAGU